AACAAAAGAUUAACCGGAAUCUGUCACACAAUUUAGCAACCGGCGCGCGGCACGGAAGGAGCGGCGUGUGCUAGUUAGCAACUUCUUGAGUCAACAUGGCCUCAGAUGACAUUUCCCUGCUGGCUGAUGCUCUCUCUAAAACCCAUGUUGAAGAUGGAGAGUUAAGCUAUAAAGGCCUGGGUCUGAAGCUUGACAGCGGAGAAUCAGUGGAGGAGCUGGUCCGUGAGAUAGAGCAGUACCAGGGUCUGAGAGCUCUGCGCCUGGAAGGAAACACUCUGGGAGUGGAGGCAGCCCAAGCCAUCGCUAAAGCUUUAGAGAGCAAAGACCUGCUUCAGAGAUGCUAUUGGAGUGACAUGUUCACCGGAAGGCUGCGUUCUGAAAUCCCCACAGCCCUGAGGUCCCUGGGUAAUGCUUUAAUGAGCGCUGGUACCAGGCUUACUGAGCUUGACCUGAGUGAUAAUGCCUUCGGGCCAGAUGGCAUCAAGGGCAUUGAUCAGCUGUUGAAGAGCCCCUCCUGCCACACCUUGAGAGAGCUAAGGCUCAACAACUGUGGCAUGGGAAUUGGUGGAGGAAAAAUCCUGGCUGAAGCUCUGAUGGAGUGUCACAGACAGUCAGCAGCCCUCAGAGCUCCACUAAGAUUGAGAGUGUUUGUCGCAGGGAGAAACCGCCUGGAGAACGAAGGAGCUGGUGCCCUGGCUAAAGCCUUUCAGUUAAUGGGCAGCUUGGAGGAGAUUCAUAUGCCCCAGAAUGGAAUCAACUAUGCAGGUGUGAUUGCGUUAGCUUCUGCUGUCCGACAAAACCCAGAGCUGCAAAUACUCAACUUUAAUGACAACACCUUCACCAAGAGGGGAACACUGGCCAUGGCAAAGGCACUGAGGCACCUCAGGAACGUCCAGGUGAUCAACUUCGGUGACUGCCUGGUCCGGUCGGAGGGAGCCAUCGCCCUCGCUGCGGUUCUAAGAGAAGGACUUCCGAUCCUCAAGGAGCUCAACCUCUCAUAUGGCGAGAUCACAGAGGCAGCAGCACUGGUGGUGGCUCAGGCUGUCACGGACAAACCUCACAUGGAAAAAUUGGAUCUGAACGGUAAUUGUCUGGGCGAGGAGGGCUGUGAAGCUCUGAGAGAGGUUAUGGAGAACAUGGACAAAGCAGACAUGCUGGGAUCACUCAGUGAUGACGAAGGAGAACCUGAUGAUGAGGAUGGAGAUGACGACAGUGAAAAUGAUGAUGAUGAUGAUGCCAGUGAUGAAUAUAAUGAAGAGAAUGAGUACGGUGAAAUUGUGAAGGAAAAUGGAAUAAGGAGAGAAGACAGUCCUGCAAAACCUCAGAGCCAUACAGAGAUCACGACUUUUCUCAGCUGUCCUUCAGCAGAAAAACUCCUCCAGCUCAAAGAGAUGCAGAUAAACCCUGAAGAGCAGGUUGAUGCAUCUGACCCGGACAAGGCAGCUGAUGUCCUUUUGAAGAUUGGUUCUUUGUACAGCGACGAUCCAGACACAAAGAGGGCUGUCCUAGAAGCAUUUGAUGCAGUGUUAAAGAAGCUCCUUUCUGGUUCAGCCCUUCAGUCAUACUGCUUCCUCUCUGCACUGCUGGUCAUGAUGGGACUCCUUAAGGGGGAAGGAAAAGUCAAGAAGGUUUCACUGAUUCCGGGUCAGCUGUUGUGUUUGGAGCACGCAGUCCAACAGGAAUACUUUCCUCGUCACCACAUUUCACUGCUUUACGUCUUCCUGUCCAGAAACGGUGAUGCUCUGAAGUCCUGCAGCAGUGCCAGUGAGAGGCUGAGCUCUGCUGUGGAGAAGAGAUGCCACAAACACUGACCACAGCCAUCUUCAAAUUCAAGGAGGACAGACACACACUGUACUGAUAUUUUCUUUUUUUCUUGUUUCUUUUCACCACUGAAACCAACAGGGAUUCUUUCCACCUGAACCCAGGAAAAGCACUGCCACUAUAUUUCUAAUUUGUAUAACUAUAUGAAAGUAGGACAAUGACUGUCCAGAUUUUUAUUUUUUUAACUUUUGGUUGUUACUUAUUUUUUAUAGAUAAUAGAUGCAAAAAAAAAAGGGCUACUUGUCAAGUUGUAUUGCUCUAAAACUUAUUGCUGACAGUCAUACCAUGAGAAUUACACUGUGUGAAGUGGCAAAGAUAUUUUUGAUGUUACACUUAAGAAAAAUUCUUCUGUGAAGGGAAAUGAAACUGCCCAGAUACAGUUGUCUAUUGCUGCUUCAUUAGUCUUAAGUCUAGUUAUCAUUGCAAGCUCAGGGGACCAGAACUGCAUUUAUGUUAUGUUUCUUUAUUUGACCCAGGAACAAAGUAUGCUCCUAAAUGCUGCACAGAUCGAGGGAUGUUUAUUAGAGCCUUUCAGGGGAAAAGGGAUGUGAAUGGAAUAAUCUUUACUGUUUUGAUAUUUGGAAUAACAUGAAAGCUGCAUUUGUCAAAAUCAUAUUUGUAUACCUGAUGUUUGUACUUAAAUAUAAGAAGUAGUCUAUAAGAAAUUUGAGUCUUUAUGUUUGCUUAGUAAUAAAUGCAGGAAGCCUUGUAGAACCUCAUGUUUUCAACUUUGGUGUUGAUUCUCAGUUGUCUUCUUGCUUAAAAAAGAAAA